UUUCACCAGUCACUCACUACUUUCUCUCUCUACAUCUAUAGGCAUAGGUGUAUGUAUAAUUCUCUCUUUCUUUCUGUCUGCCUCUUCUCUCUCUCUCUCUAAAGUUGGAUUGAGAAAUGCGGUUUGCCUUUGAUGAAGGGCAUCGCUUCCAAGGCAAUCACACACUCUGUCAGAUCCAUUUUGCCCCGAGUUCGAAGAAGAUCUCCGUAUAAAAACUCGGUUUUUUAAUAUUUGUAUUACUGGAUUUGGUUUGCAAUGCUUCUCUGAUUUGUUACAGGAUUAAGUUUGAAUGGUAAUGGCGUCAAGACAAGGAUCGAGAUCAAAAAGAUUGGGUUCGAGUAGUUCGAAAGCUGUUCAUUCUCAUUCAUCUUCGACAACAUCGUCUUCAAAAAAAUUCCUAGAAACAUCUAUUGAUGGUCAAAGCUCUCCUGCAUCUUCUUCAGCUCGAAGUAAGCCACAAUACUUCUACUCUGAAAGUUUACCAGUGGAUGUGGGGAGAUCAAAAGAAAAUGUCACAGUAACAGUUCGCUUUCGUCCUCUCAGUCCAAGGGAAAUUCGCCAAGGAGAGGAGAUUGCAUGGUAUGCAGAUGGAGAAACAAUUGUGCGGAAUGAGCAUAAUCCAUCAGUAGCAUAUGCAUAUGAUAGGGUGUUUGGGCCUACAACCACAACUCGUCAUGUUUAUGAUGUUGCUGCACAGCAUGUGGUUAGCGGUGCAAUGGAAGGCGUCAAUGGUACAAUUUUCGCAUAUGGGGUGACGAGCAGUGGGAAGACUCAUACUAUGCACGGUGAUCAAAGGUCUCCUGGAAUUAUACCACUGGCUGUGAAGGAUGCUUUUAGUAUAAUUCAAGAGACUCCAAACCGAGAGUUUCUUCUCCGAGUCUCGUACUUGGAAAUCUAUAAUGAGGUUGUUAAUGACUUGUUGAAUCCAGCAGGACAAAAUUUACGAAUUAGAGAGGAUGCACAGGGCACCUUUGUUGAAGGAAUAAAGGAAGAAGUUGUACUUUCCCCAGCUCAUGCCCUUUCUCUUAUAGCAGCAGGAGAAGAGCACAGACAUGUCGGGUCUACAAAUUUCAAUUUACUCAGUAGCAGGAGCCACACAAUAUUUACAUUGACGAUAGAGAGUAGCCCAUGUGGUGAAAAUAGUGAAGGGGAAGCUGUAAAUUUGUCUCAAUUGAACCUCAUCGAUCUGGCAGGUUCUGAGAGCUCCAAAGCUGAAACUACUGGUGUGAGACGAAAAGAAGGAUCUUACAUUAACAAAAGCCUGCUAACUCUUGGCACGGUUAUUUCAAAGUUAACAGAUGGGAGGGCUGCUCAUAUACCAUACCGAGACUCCAAAUUGACUAGACUCCUCCAGUCUUCAUUAAGUGGCCAUGGGCGUGUAUCUCUUAUCUGCACUGUUACCCCUUCCUCAAGUAGUUCAGAAGAGACUCAUAAUACAUUAAAAUUCGCACAUCGGGCAAAACAUAUUGAGAUUCAAGCAGCACAAAACAAGAUUAUUGAUGAGAAGUCACUUAUAAAAAAAUAUCAAAAUGAGAUUCGUUCAUUAAAGGAAGAGUUGGAACAGUUGAAGCGGGGUAUUGUUACUGUUCCUCAACUGAAAGAUACUGGAGAAAAUGAUAUUAUCCUCCUAAAACAAAAGCUAGAAGAUGGUCAAGUCAAGCUGCAAUCAAGAUUGGAACAAGAAGAAGAAGCUAAAGCUGCUUUAUUAAGCAGAAUUCAACGAUUGACAAAACUAAUCUUGGUGUCCACAAAAGCAUCACAAUCGACACGAUUUCCUCACAGACCUGGUCAUAGGAGAAGACAUUCUUUUGGGGAAGAGGAGCUUGCUUACCUACCAUACAAAAGGCGGGACUUGAUCUUGGAUGAUGAAAGCAUUGAGUUCUAUGUGCCUCUUGAGGGGAAUGCCGAAAUUGCUGAUGAUACAACAAAGGAGGAGAAAAAAACCAAGAAGCAUGGACUGUUAAACUGGUUGAAGCUACGGAAACGAGAUGGUGGUUUGGGGGCUUUGUCAAGUCCAAGAGAUAAAUCAAGUGGCACAAAGUCUGUGAGUACACCUUCGACACCACAAGCAGAAAGUGGCAAUUUUAAUUCAGAAUCCAGACUUUCCCAUUCUUUCCCUGUGGAGAGCCCUCCAUCUGCAGAUGUUUUAUCUGAAACUAUAGAGGAUAGAGAAGUUCACCAAGAUAAUUUCUUGGGAGAAGAAACACCUUUGACAAGCAUAAAAUCAAUCGAUCACAUAGAUCUCCUUAGAGAGCAGCAAAAAAUCUUGUCUGGAGAGGUGGCACUCCAUUCAAGUGCUUUGAAGCGGUUGUCUGAAGAGGCAGCAAGAAACCCCCAGAAGGACCAAAUCAAUGUGGAUAUGAGGAAGUUAAAAGAUGAAAUCAAGGCAAAGAAUGAACAAAUAGCUUUACUAGAAAAGCAAAUUGCUGAUUCCAUGAAUGCCUCACACAACAAAAUUGAUUCAUUGGAAAUUUCUCACUCUAUUGCUGAACUAGAGGAACAGUUGAAUGAGAAGUCCUUUGAACUUGAGGUUAAAGCUGCUGACAAUCGUGUAAUUCAGGAGCAACUGAAAGAAAAGAUUUGUGAAUGUGAAGGAUUGCAGGAAACAGUUGCCUCCUUGAAGCAGCAGCUCUCUGAGGCAUUAGAAUUGAGAAAUUUCAGCCCUGUAGUCAGUUAUUCAAAACAACUUACUGAAACAAAAAGCUUGCAUGCUGAACUGUGUGCAGAAAAACAAAAUGCAGCGCUGAAAGACACAAAUGACAAGCUUCUUUUGCAAGAAAAGGAAAAUAUGAUUGAAGAACUGAAGCAGAAGGUGACUGAACUAACAUUGUCAAAAGAACAGCUAGAAGCCCAGAACCAGAAACUGGCAGAGGAGAGUUCGUAUGCCAAAGGUUUAGCCUCAGCUGCUGCUGUAGAGCUCAAAGCAUUAUCAGAAGAAGUUGCUAAACUCAUGAAUCAAAACGAGAGACUGUCUGCUGAGCUGGCAGCAUCCAAAAACUCCCCCACCCAGCGUAGAACUAGUGGCAUGGUCCGGAAUGGCAGGAGAGAGAGUCAUAUCAAACGGAAUGACCAAGUUGGGUCUGUCUUGGAAAUAAAGAAAGAACUAGCCAUGAGCCGGGAAAGAGAGCUUUCAUAUGAGGCUGCUCUCUCGGAGAAGGAUCAGAGAGAGGCAGACCUUCAAAGAAAGGUUGAGGAAUCUAAACAAAGAGAAGCAUAUCUAGAAAAUGAACUUGCCAAUAUGUGGGUUCUUGUGGCAAAGUUGAAGAAAUCCCAAGGAGCUGAAACUGAAGUUUCUGAAUCAAGAAGAGAGACUAAGCGAGCUGAUGAUUUUGGGUUUUGAUAUUUGACUAGGAUGGUGAUAGUUUAAGGAUUUGUUUUGUGUGCGAGAGUGUGUACAAAAUUGUUUCUUGUAUUGCAAAGCGCUUCCUGUUUGUGUAUAACCAAGUGAGGGCUUUUUUCUUUUCCACACGAUUCCCACAUUGUAUUGUCCCUUUUUGGCCCAGUUGAUAUCUUUGGGGGGACCGUAACUAAAGCUAAUGCUAGUUUCUCAUAUGCAUUUGUAAUGCUGUCAAGUAUUUUCUAGGACCUUUGUAGUGCCUGUUUGAUCAUUCUAAAUUUUCUAAUCCCAUGUUGCUAUUGGACGA